CGUCGACUUCUCAUGGAGCUUGACUUUUCGGGAUACUUUUUAUCCAUUUAUUGUGCGUUUUUCAGGCUGUGCGGGGUGAAAAAUUAUGCGAAAGAGUAGUUAAGUGGCCAGUGCGACAAGUGAACAUAGUGGCAAUAUGACAUCGACAAGUAUUGAGGCGGAAUACGCGGAAAUCAACAAGAAGGAGAAUGGAUGGUACGCCGUGUUCCAGUCAAUCAAGGACAAAUGUGAGCUCGAGGCCAAACAGAAACAAUUCACACUGGACGAAUCCAAGAGUAUUUCCAAUCGCAAGUACAACAGAUACAGAGAUGUGAAUCCCUACGAUCACUCCCGGAUCGUCCUGCAUCGCGGUGACACGGACUACAUCAAUGCCAAUCUCGUGAAGAUGGAGCGGGCGAACAGGAAGUACAUCCUGACGCAAGGGCCGCUGCAGCAGACCGUGUCGCACUUCUGGCUGAUGGUCUGGGAACAACAAAGCAAAGCAAUACUAAUGUUAAAUAAGUUAAUUGAGAAGAAGCAGAUAAAAUGCCAUCUGUACUGGCCGGAGAAGAUUGGCGAGGAGCAUCGGAUGAAUCUGACGGACGUCGGACUCACGGUGGAGUAUUUGAAGGUGGAGGAAUUUGGCAAUUUCUCCAUUCGCACCUUAAGACUGACUGAUACGGAUUCAACGAAAUCCCGCGAAAUCCUACAAUUUCACUAUACAUUGUGGCCGGAUUUUGGCAUUCCUGCUUCGCCGGUGGCCUUCUUGCAAUUCCUCAAGAAGGUGCGCGAAUCUGGCGCUCUUGAUGACGAAGUUGGACCGCCUGUUGUUCACUGCAGUGCCGGAAUUGGCCGUUCCGGGACUUUUUGCCUGGUUGACUGCUGUCUCGUGCUGAUUGAGCGCGAAGGAGAGAACAAGGUGUCUGUGCAGGAUGUGCUCCUGGAGCUCAGGCGCUUCCGCAUGGGCCUCAUUCAGACGGUGGAUCAGCUGUAUUUUUCGUAUCAAGCAAUUAUCGAGGGCAUCAAGCGCCUCAACAAUCCGAAUGACGAUGACUAUGAAGAAGUGGCGAUAAUUAAGCCUGAGGAGGAUGAGAGCAUGGAUUUGGCGCCGCCACCGCUGCCGCCGCCUCGUGUGGAUUCACUGCAGGGCAAGCCGUUGCCGUCUGUGCCCGCCGGCGACGACGGCGCGCCGAUGAAUGGCAAUGAGGAGGUGAAUUUGCGCGAUGAAAACGGCGUCGGGAGUGUCGAUCGUCCACUGCCGCCGCUGCCGAGAGACAAUUCGCUGGAGAAGGUGGACGAGAGUGACCACGAUUCUGUGGAGGAUGAGUUGGAGGAUGAGGACGAGGAGGAGGACAAUGAGGAGGCGAAUGAGGAUUUGACGGAGGAGAAGAACGGAUUGGACAACAGCAAUGAUUCAGUGAAGUCUGACGAGAAUAUUGACAAUAGUCAAGAGGAGGCUCAGGUGAGACGCAGGAAGCGCCAGGAGCGACAGGAUGCCAUGGCGGAGAAAGUGCGCGAAAUCAAGCGGAAACAGAAAAUGUGCGAAGAAUCAUCACCGAAAAAGCGCAGGACACACAGCAGUUCACAAAGCGAGAGGGGUAAAUUGUGAGAGAGGGAGAGAAGAGGGAAUGAUGAGUGGGAGGAAGAGAGAGUUGUGUGAAUUGAUUGAAUGGCGCACACUUUCCGGAAAAGAGAGCGAGAUUUUAGCUUUUAGCAGAAGAAUGAGAGUAAAUAUUUUUACCAAUGUAUUUUCCACGAUUUGGUCAGGAGCAUUUGUGAGAUGAGAUAAAACACGAAUGGAGGAGGAGAAGGAGGACAAAAAACAAUUGUAUUUUGUUAGAGAUUUUAUCGAUUUUAUUCACAAAAGUUGGUUGAAAAAAUUCUUUGUAAAGAUAACUAAUGUUUAUUUUUAAGUUUAUGCUCGUCAAUUUGCAAAAUUCCGCAGAUGUAGCUGUCAAAUGAUUUUACUUCACAUGGCUUUUACGUUCAAUAAUUAAUCCAAUACAUUA